AUGCCAUUGAAGGUUUGGUUUCUUAAAAAUCUAAACUUGUGCUUGGCUGAUUGUUCGAUGCAAUGUCCAUUCACUGGAACUGUUUCCGUAAGAGGACGUAUCUUAGCUGGUACUUGCCACAGUGCCAAGAUGCAGAGAACCAUCAUUUUUCGCAGGAACUAUUUCCACUUUGUCAAGAAGUAUCAAAGGUAUGAGAAGAGACACUCCAAUAUCCCAGCCCAUGUCUCACCAUGCUUCCGUGUUAAAGAAGGUGAUCAUGUCAUCAUUGGACAGUGCAGGCCAUUGUCAAAGACAGUGAGGUUCAAUGUGCUGAAGGUGAUCCCAGCAGGCGCAUCUGCUUUUGCAAAGAAGGCAUUCACUGGAAUGUAA